UUAACGGUGGCAAAGAUGAGAGUGGCAGUGGUUGGUUCUGGGAUUAGUGGGCUGGUUUCAGCUUAUGUUUUGGCCAAUGCUGGAGUGAAUGUGGUACUGUAUGAGAACAAGGACUACUUAGGACUUCAUGCUAACACUGUGCAUGUUGAAGGGUUUGAUUUGAACCUGGGAUUCAUGUUGUUCAACCAGGUCACUUAUCCCAAUAUGAUGAAAUUCUUUGAGAGUCUUGGAGUUGAUAUGGAAUUGUCAGACGUGUCAUUUUCGGUCAGCCUAGACAAUGGCCGCGGCUGCGAAUGGGGAAGCCGAAGCAGUUUGUUCAGCUUGUUUGCACAGAAGAGAAAUGUGUUCAAUCCUUUCUUCUGGCAAAUGAUUAGAGAAGUUAUCAAGUUCAAGGAAGAUGUUCUGAGCUAUCUUGAUAUACUUGAGACUAACCCGGAUAUUGACCACAAUGAGACUUUGGGGCAAUUCAUCAAGUCAAGGGGGUACUCAGAAUUAUUUCAGAAGGCUUAUCUGAUUCCAAUUUGUGCUUCUAUUUGGCCCUGCCCUUCUGAACGAGUUAUGAGCUUUUCUGCUUUCUCAGUUCUCUCAUUCUGCCGCGAACACAGUCUACUUCAGGUCUUUGACCGUCCAAAGUCGAUGACUGUCACAUGGAACUCACAAAAUUACGUAAAGAAGGUCAAAGAAGAGCUUGUGAGUAAAAGUUGUCAAAUAAAAGCUAAUUGUGAGGUACACUCGGUUUCUACAUCUGAUAAAGGAUGUGUUGUGUUAGGCAAAGAUGGUUCCCAAGAAAUGUAUGAUGCAUGCAUAAUGGCAUUACAUGCCCCUGAUGCAUUGAGAAUAUUGGGAGAUGAAGCUACAUCAGAUGAGUGUAGAACUCUUGGUGCUUUUCAGUAUGAGUACAGUAAUAUCUUUCUUCAUCGAGACAAAACUUUAAUGCCCCAAAAUCCAGCAGCAUGGAGUUCAUGGAAUUUUCUUGAAACUACCAACAACAAAGUGUGUGUGACAUACUGGCUUAAUAUUAUUCAGAAUAUUGGAGAAACUAGCCUACCCUUUCUUUUAACUAUCAAUCCAGUUCAAACACCCAAAAAUACCUUGCUCAAGUGGUCAACUGGUCAUCCAGUACCAACAGUUGCUGCAUCAAAAGCUUCGUAUGAGCUGGGCCAUAUUCAAGGGAAAAGAAAAAUCUGGUUUUCUGGGUCCUACCUAGGUUAUGGAUAUCAUGGAGAUGAAUUAAAGGCCGGGAUGGAUGCAGCAUAUGGCAUUCUUGGAAGAUGCUGUGCACUUAAGAGCAACUCAAAACACAUGACACCUUCUUGGACAGAAUUGGGAGCACGCCAUUUUGUGACUAGAUUCCUGACGUUAUAUAUAACUACUGGAUGUUUAAUGUGAGUUCACUUCUACCAGUGUGUAGCAUACGAGCGUCUUUUGCUUUUUCAAGUUGGUAAUAAUGUACUCAUGUAAGUUUCACGUGCACACCACCCCCACUUCUCAUUAAACCCUGACUAGUGAGGGUAGGGUGAGGGCAAUCUUUUUAUGCAGUUUUACCUUUGCAUAUUUGCAUAGUAGAAAAUAAUGUACUCAUGUAAGUUUCACGUGUAGAAUUGGACAAUUGAACUUCA